AAUGGUCGGUAGGUGAAGCGUUCAUCGCGUAGACAUCCUCAUGAAUUGUACUGUCUCAGAAGCCACCUCGUUGGUUCGUCGUCUUCCUUCGUCGUCAUCAGUAGAUCAUCGGAAUCCAAAUUAAAGGGAUCGGUUUGUAUGUGGAGGUCUGCGCUACUUCCGCCUCAGGGUCGCGAAGGGGUAUGAAUCGCCAGCAGAGGGCCAUCGCCGCCGCCGCCGUCUUGACGCCGCCGGUGAAGGAAAGGAAGAGCAACUCCUUCCACCGUCUGUUUCCUUUGCUGCUCCUCACGCUCUAUGCGCUCGCGUCGGUUGUUCGACUCGCUUUUUCAUCCCCAUUUCCUUCCUCCUUCGUGCAGACAUCCGCUUCUUCUUCUUCUUCUUCUUCUUCUACAUUUUCCGCAGAAUCGAGGCAAGAAUCGGAAUCUUUGAAGACGCAUGUUCCGUCGGAGACCCACCGCCUCGAGGCCUACGAAGAAAAUCCGGUGGCGGCGGCGGCGCCCCCUUGUUCUUCUUUCAUCGAUGGAACCGCCGAGAGCAGAGACGAAGCGGCAGCGGCGUUCGUUUGCUGCGACCGGAGCCACAUCCGGAGCGACCUCUGCUACGCGAGGGGCGACAUCCGCACCGACUCCGCUUCCUCGUCCGUACUGGUGUACGGGAUGAAGUCGUCGGCGGAGAGGGUUCGGCCGUACACGCGGAAGUGGGACGCGGCGAUCACGAGGACGAUCCAGGAGAUCUCGAUCCGCCCGGGGAACGGCAGCGGCGGCAGCCCGAGGAGAUGUGACGUGCGGCACGAGGGCGUGCCGGCGCUGCUGUUCUCCAACGGCGGCUACACCGGCAACCUGUACCACGAGUUCAGCGACGGGCUGAUCCCGCUGUACGUGACGGCGCAGCGGUUCCGGGGGGAGGUGGUGCUGGUGGUGGCGGAGUACCGGCCGUGGUGGCUGGCUCGGUACCGCCCCCUACUCGAGCGGCUGACCAAUUACCAGAUUGUGGAUUUCAGCCGGGACAGGCGCGCCCAUUGCUUCUCCGAGAUGAUCGUCGGCCUGCGCAUCCACGGGGAGCUCAUCAUCGACCCGUGGCUGAUGCCAAACGGUACUGGUAUCCGGGACUUCCAGGCUCUCGUUCACGAAGGCUACGACGCCGUGGCCCAGUCGACGCCCUCGCUGCCGACCGCGGAGUCGCCACCGUUCCUCCGGCCCCUGGUCCGGUCCACGCGCCGCGAACCGCCCGGCCGGUGCUCGCGCGGCCGGCGGCCGAGGAUCGCGGUGUUCGUGCGCAAAGGCUGCCGGGCGCUGGUGAACCAGCGGGAGCUGGUGCGGGCGUGCCAGCGAACCGGGUUCGAUGUCCAAAUCAUCGAGCCGAAGCGAGACACUCCCUUGGACGUGAUCCACCGCGCCCUCGUCCCUGCCGACGUCAUGCUCGCCGUCCACGGCGCCGCCGUGACGCACUUCCUCUUCAUGCGCCCAUCGUCGGUGCUGAUACAGGUGGUGCCGCUGGGGUUGGAGAAGCCGGCCGAGGAGUUCUACGGCGAACCGGCUCGACGGCUGGGGAUGGAGUACGUAGCCUACAAUAUCACGCCCGAGGAGAGCACCCUGUUGAAGCUAUACGACCGGCGCAGCCCCGUCCUGGUCAACACCAACCUCAUCACCAACAGGGGAUGGCUGGAGAUGAAGAAGAUCUACCUCGAUAAGCAAAAUGUCAAACUGAAUCUUACAAGAUUCGGUAAGCUUCUUGCUAAAACGUACAGCCAUGUUUGUGGAGCACGAGGAAUCGAAUGAUACAGAACACAUUAUUUUGUAAUUGAUACGCUCCCAUUCUUUUGUUCGUUUGACGAUUUAAUUAUUAAAGGAAGAAUUGGAUGGCACAUUGGUUGAUAAA